GAAGCUUGCCAGCACGGGAUGGGCUAACCUACGGAGCCCUACCGUAGAGGUUUCCGCGUAUCUGAUUACCUCUUGGGGUUAGACUAACCGUUCGGCAACCCCGCCUUACGACCUGAUGUCGGAUUUCAAACGCCGUCAUUGCAUUCACGCCAUGCCGAGGUAAACCGCGACCCCAAACUUCCCACAACACCUCCAUCUCUUCCUCCAGAAACUCACCCCCCUCGUACCUCUUGGAAGACCAACUGCACAAUGGCGCCGGCACCCCCAACCCUAGAGCCCGAACUCCACUACGUCAUCCCCACACCGCACGUCCCCAACUCGAGGCUCCCAAUCAUUAUCUACCGUGGCGUGCUAAAAGGCUUCGAAUACGACGACAUCAUAGAGCUCAUGCAACGCAACGGUUGGAAGAAAGGCGGGCAGUGGAAAACUUACAAAACGGCACAUUAUCACACUAACGUGCAUGAGGGGUAUGCAGUGAUCAGCGGCUCAGUUAGGUAUUUACUAGGGAAGGGACCGACCGAUGAGGAUUCGAACGAGGGAGGGAAGAAUUAUGGCGUUGAGGUCAGCUUUGAGAAGGAUGAUGUGUUCAUAUUGCCGGCUGGUGUCAGUCACAACUCAAUCGAAUCGGAGGGCGACUUCGAGUAUAUCGGCUUCUAUGUGAAGGAUGCACCCAAGUGGGACAUGAACUACUGCAAAGACGAUGCCGAAGUUACAGAGCAGAAGAAGGAAAGGAGCUGGAGCGUCCCGAUCCCCGAAACCGACCCUGUGUAUGGCGCAGAAGGUCCGCUGCCGAGGGUGUGGAGGGAAGUAUCAAGUACAGUAUAGGACCUUCACAUCGUUUGGCUUAAGGCAAGGAAUUGAAUGUCGCUACACAAUGCACCCACUCUCAAAAGCACGCGC